CCGAUCAUACCAAUAGGGAAGUUGGAAAGACUAAAAAAAUAGUAAACAAGACAUGUGCAGUUUCCUGAAGCAAUAGCAAGCUAUAGCUCUACUAUUCGUGCAAACAACCUGUUGAGUUAAAGUCACGAAAACAUACAGGUCCAUUGGCAUUGCAUACAGAGCACCCGACAUCGGUUUGGUAGCCCUGACAGCUUCAAGACAUCGGAUAUCGUCAUGGAUUUGACUUGGGUGUUCGACGUCAGAGUCGUUCUCCUCUCCGUCUUCGCCGUUCUAUUGACGUCCUACCUGAUCAGGAGGCUCAACGAGAAGACGAGGAAGUUGCCGCCGGGCCCACCGGCAUGGCCUUUGUUGGGGAGCAUCCCUUUUAUUGUCAGGAUGCGUCUGAACCCGCUGGACCUCCUGUCCAAGAUACCCGAGAUCUUCGGUGACAUCGCACAUCUUCGGAUAGUCGGUUACGACAUCAUCAUCUUGAGCGAAUAUAGCAUCAUCAAAGAGGCGUUUCACAGAGCCGAUUUCUCAGCUCGUCCCAAGCCUGUCUACCACACGGUUGCAGGCCGGAGCAACUUCGGUCUGAUGUCAGCCUCGGGUGACGUCUCUAAGGAGCAACGACAGGUGGCGUACUCCUUCUUUAGAAACCUCGGUCUUGUAAAAAGCAGCUUUGAAGAGAAGAUUGUGGUAGAAAUCACCCAUCUUAUGGACGCGUUCAGAAAAACAGAGGGGAAAGCUUUCAGUCCCAAGGUGAUGAUAAACAACGCCAUGUCCAAUAUUAUCUGUGCCGUAACCUUUGGUUCAAGACACGAGUAUAGCGAUCCAGUCUUCAAUGCGAUAUUAAAUGCUCUCAACUCCAAUUUGCAGAUAAGUAAAUCCGGCGGCCUCUUCUUCUUCCUGCACACAUUGGCCAACGUCCCCAACACUCCAGGUCACAAGAUCCGCCAGAAUGUCACCUGCAUCAGCACCCAUAUGAAGAAGUUUCUGGAUGAUCACCUCAAAGACCACCAACCGGACCAACCCCGGGACAUGGUCGACAUGUACAUCGAUAAGAUUCAUCAGCACAAGCAGAACGGUACUGUAUCUUCUUACGAUGAGCUUAACACCGUGUUUAGUCUCGCCGAUAUCUUCGCCGCUGCCUCUGAAACCACCACCACCACGUUGCGGUGGUUGAUGCUCCGUAUGGUCACACAUCCCGACAUCCAGAAGAAAAUCCAAGACGAGAUCGACGACGCAGUUGGUCGGGACAGGUUACCCACGUUAUUGGACAAACCCAAACUACCAUACACGGAGGCCACCAUACUCGAGGUUAUGCGACUCAAUUUCGUCACACCUCUCGGCGUACCUCAUCAGUACACUGGGCGUGGUGAACUUAGUUUCCAUGGUUACGAUAUCCCUGAGGGCGCCAUCGUCUUUGCCAAUUACUGGAGCAUAUCACGAGAUCCAAAGCUGUGGGAUGACCCGGAAGUGUUCAGGCCCGAGCGUUUUCUGAACGAGGAGGGCAAAUGCGUGAAGCCAGAUGAGUUGACUCCGUUCAGUAUUGGCAAACGAGUGUGCAUUGGUGAGUCGUUAGCGAAGAUGGAACUAUCUCUGUUAUUCACGCAUCUUCUCCACCGGUUCACGUUUACCUUACCCGACGGUGUCCCGUCUUACUCCAUGAAAGAUUCGCUGGGCGCCGUCAAUACACCCGUGUCCUAUCAACUAUGUGCAAUACCACGGGACUGAAUCGUAUUAAGGCCACCGAACACACUAGGGCCUACGACUAGACUACGACUGCACUACGAAUGCACUACGACUGCACUGCGACUAGUCAACCACUUGUCUACGACUUGUAUACUACCGUAAUACGACCGUAAUACGACCGGACUGGUACUACGUUCUGACAACAAUUACAAUAGAUAUCAAUUAGGAAAAGAUAAGACAAUUCCUCCUGAUUGGGUAUCCGCAUAGCCAUAUGAAUAAUUGAAGCCUUCUAGCUAGCUCAAUCGGCUACCAGUCGGUGGGCAGUCGUGCGACUAUAACAACGUCACUGUGGGAAACAUCUAAUCGGUUCUUUUCUCCCAUAGGAAUGCGCUUAACAACCUUUAAUUUUUGUAUUACUAUUCGUAUAAGGGAUCUUUAUAAGGGAGGAUUUACAACUUUUUACAUUUUGCAUAUAUAGGCCUAAUCCAUUUGCAAAUUCUUUAAACAAAUCUUGUAAUAAUCUCGGUCGGAAGUUCUAAACCAAGCAACUUGCGGCUUGUAGCCCAUACAUGUAAGCCAUGGGGUAAAGGUUGGAGUUCUUAUGCAGUUUCCCAAUGUAAAAUAAGAGAUAAUGUUCCGUUGUUUCACAAGCAAACAGAAACUCUAUUCUGAAAAUUGGCAAAGUUUGAGAGGAGACGGAUCCCUCUCGCUCUCACUACGUUAAUGAUGUAGCCUUGCAGGAUUACAUAUAAAUGUAGAGAGGUUUUCUAAAUUAGUAUGUUACACGGCGUUUUAAUUUUGAUGAUUUAAAAACCUCACAAAAAAAUGCAGUUAUUCUUGAUGAACUAUGUAGCCUUUCUUAAUAAUUUCCCGACAGGUUUUAUAAUAGUACAAUAGCACGACCAGUACUAAACUCUACCAGUUUGUUCUACCAGUGAUUUGUGUAAAUAUAUACACCGGAAAUGGAUGUUGAUAUCGAGGUCUCCGUGAAAACAGGAAAGGAAAUCCGAACAUCAAUAAUAUAGGCCUCUAAUCUUGGCAUACAGUCAGAUCCAGGGACCGAUUCCCCCCCCCCCCCCCCCCAAGCCUCCUAAGUCAAAUUCCAAAAAUCACAUUUGAGGUGAAAAUUCCCCUCACCCCCUCCGAGAAUAAAAAAGAAAGGGUGCCGAAACCACGUUCCCAAGGGGAAGAAAAUGUUUUGAAAAAUAUUGACCUCUUCCCUUUCCGGCACUCCUGGAUCCGCCCCUUUUAGGCUUGGUCACUUGAGGUUCGUUAUGAUAUGGAGCGGUCAAUAAACCACCACACACAAAAAAAACGUCACGGAUGUUUUGUACUUGUACAAUAAAUGGCCACAAAGAACUCGCGCAUAUUCAACGAGCUCUGUGUUGUAAUAUACAGAAAGUUCAAGAAUAUUACACUUUACGUCAUCAUAAAAAUACCGCAGCGGUUAUAACCGCAUCAUAUCUGAACGAGUCGUUAUUCAUUGUCCACCCCCCCCCCCCCCUAAGUAUCCCCUGGUUCGAUGUAAUAUUGGACAAUGGCCCUGUUUCAUAAAAACUUGUUAUCAAUAACAAAUGCUCACUGAUUUCUAUAUGACAAAUUUGCUCUCAGUCCAACAAA